AUGGGAGAACAAAUUAAACAAAAGAAACCAUUCUCAAAGACACAAUGUAUAGUCACAUUGUCGGUUGUUAUGCUUGUCAUUUCAUUGUCAUUGACAGGUGUAUUUGUUGUAUUUGUCAGCAAGGCACUCCUCUAUUUCCCAUGGAUGAGAGGUAUUGUGAUGGGAUCAGGUGAUCCAAUGACCAAACACGGUCUUUCAUUCCAAGAGGUUGAAUGGAAAGCUUACGACACUAAUCAAACUCUUAGAGGUUGGUGGAUUCCAGCUGAUUCAAAGAAUGAUCUUGGUAAUUCAAUUAUUGUUGUUCAUGGAUCAGGAAAAGAUAGAUAUGAAUGGUUUGAACAAUUGAAUCAUUUCCAUGAAGAAGGUUUAUCGACAUUGGUAUUUGAUUGUCGUGAUGGUAUGGGCAAGUCUGACUCGCUCGAACGUGGUAUUGGAUACUCGUUUAGAGAACACAAGGAUGUUCGUUCGGCUAUUCGAUACGUCAAGUCUACUUAUCCAGAACAGUCCAAGAAAUUGAUCCUCACUGGUAUGUCGAUGGGUGGAGGCAGUGUUAUUAUUGCUGCUGCCAAGGACCGUGAUUUAAUUGAUGGUGUCAUUUCCGAGAGUGCCUAUGCUUCACCAAUGAAGGCCUGGAAGCACAACAUCUACAGAUAUCUCAGUGAUGGUGUUGCCAAGACCUUCAAGGUUGUCGAACCCGUUCAACAUCUCCUUCCAACCCAUCCACCCCAAUGGUUGGUCGACCUCAUUCUCCGUAUCACAUUGGACAAGAUCAUCGCAUCCGAAGACAACCUCUCACAAUACGACACCCCAGAGAAUCUCGUCGCUCAAAUCAGUCCAAAGCCAAUCCUUUUCAUUGCAGCCACCGAAGAUCCAGUUGUCCCAUACGACCAAUCCGAAACCCUAUUCAGAGUUGCCAAGGAACCAAAGGAACUCUGGACCAUUGAAAGCAACCGUCACUCUACUGCCGUUCAUAUUUCCAGUCAUGAAGCAUACAGAGCCAAACUUCACAAAUUUAUUCAAUCAAUCUAA